AUGGCUGUUUCUUCAUCAAUUUAUCGUUGGUCGUGGAUCAUCGGUACUCCGCUGGUCUUCUCACCUUUUUUAUUUUUUGGACUCCCAUUUCGUUGCGCAUUCUGUAUCCUGGUGUUGAGUAUAUAUUGGAUUGUUGAGGUGGUUCCUAUCGGAGUCACCUCUCUGAUGCCAAUUUUUCUAUUCCCUAUUCUUGGUAUCGAAUCAGCAAGAAAAAUAUGUCUUGUCUACUUCAAGGAUUCCAUUGUACUGUUUAUCUGUAUAAUGACGAUGACUCUGGCAGUGGAAGAAACAGGUCUUCAUCGACGAAUCGCUCUGAAGCUGCUCUGUAAAGUCGGCACGAGGAAACAGACGAUGCUACUGGGGUUCAUGUGUACGACAGCACUCCUCUCGUGUUUCUUUGCUGAUACUGCCUGUACCGCUUUGAUGAUUCCCAUUGCACUGGCGAUUAUUCGUGCUACUAACAAUAUGGACGAAGAUUGCGACGGGGGUGACAGAUCGAAGCUCAUCGACUUGAAGAAGCUGCCACGAAGUCAACGAGGAUUUUGCAAGGCUCUUGUACUCUCUUGUGCUCAUGGCUCCUUGAUCGGUGGAACGGCAAUCAUCACUUCAACUGGGCCAAAUCUCGUUUUUCGUGAGAUCAUUCAGACCACGUACCCCAACAACGAGAUACGCGUUUCAUUCGUCCAAUGGAUGGCAUUUGCCAUUCCACCAGUGUUGCUCUAUCUCAGCGCGUCGUUUCUAAUUCUUACGUGCUUCUUCAUUGGACCACGUCAAUUGUUCCGAUGGUGUUCUCGUCAGCAUGUCGAUGAGAAACGGCUCGCCAAAGCAGUGGAAAAGAAUAUACAUGAUGCUUACAAGGCAUUGGGACCUUUCACGUUUGCCGAGAAAUCGGUUCUUUGCUGGUUUGGCGUCCUCAUGAGUUUUUGGAUCAUGCGAAAACCCGGAUUCAUAGCUGGUUGGGGAGACCUUUUUCCGAAUGAUGGGAAAUUUCUCACCGACUCUGUUCCUGGAAUUCUGAUUGUUUUUCUAAUGUUUGCAUGGCCAAGAGAUCCGUUUGCAAAAGAUCAUUCGCCAAUUUUGACGUGGCCAACAAUGCAGCACAAAUUCACGUGGUCCUGCAUGCUGCUGAUCGGGGCCGGAUAUGCGAUUUCUGAAGGUGUAGAGAAAUCCGGACUAUCAACACUGAUCGCUUGUGCAAUGAAGGAUACCUUUGGGAGGUUUAAUUCUGUGCAGUUACAAAUUAUGAUAGCCGCAUCCAUCACUGCCAUGACAGAGUUCGCUAGCAACGUGUCAACAGGCAGCAUCCUUAUUCCUAUUGUUAUAAGCAUAGCCGAAUCUUUGCAACUUCACCCAUUGUAUUUGGCAAUGCCUGCUACUGUAGCAUGCUCUUUUGCCUUCAUGUUGCCGAUGGCGACUCCUCCAAAUGCGAUCGUGUUUGAUACGAAAAUUGUCGGAGUACUCGAGAUGGUAGGCGAUUUUUCGAGCUACACAGCACAGCCUGAAAGCUGGUCCCGCAGCUCAGCUCAGUUGUUCUCGCGCUCUUCCUGUCACCCAUUUUACCCAAAUUGA